UUGCUACACGAGAGCGGAAUAGCGGAACACCACCGAGCAGCGAGAAGCCCGGUGACAAGAACAGCCAUUCCGCUCCUGUGUGCAAACGAAGCAGCCACGUCUGAAUUCACACCACCAUGCCGAGUUUCCGACGAGUGCACCGUUUUUGCGAACACCCCGUCGCAGGCGUCAACUGGCGGCCGACUCGCUUUGUCGAGGAAGUGCCCAGCUCGCGUGUGUGUGGCCUCUGCCGCAUGAUUCCCAAGCGGAUAAUGGUGCUUCCGUGCGGCCACCUUCUAUGCCAGUCGUGCCACGCAGCUACCCAAGGAUCCCGUGGGCGGUGUCCCUUGGAUCAAGAGCCGUUCGAGGAAGCUGAAUGUGACAGCUAUGAUUUGCCUGCUAGAAAAGUGAACGCCUUGAAGGUAUACUGCUGGAAUAAACGACAUGGAUGCGAAUUCGAGGGAUCCAUGGAAGAUAUGCUACGACACUACGAGAACGAGUGCACAUGGUACACCGUGGAGUGUUUGCGAUGUUGCGAGGAAGUCCUGCACAGGAACCUAUCAACACACUACGUGGCCGGAUGCAGAGCCCUGGUUUCUUCAGCACGCGCAGGUAACGCGUCCUCGGACUCUCAAGCAGUGAACCUUCAAGAAGUGACGGCUGCUCUCGGAGAACUGAAGAUGCUCUUGAGGGACGCCAAUCACGAGCAGCUGCUACCUGCGAUCCAGAGUCAAAUGAAUGAACUGAUCGAACAGAUCAGGAACCAGGAGUCCAGGUCGGCCGUGAUCCCUCACGCUGUCGCGGCAUCUGCAAGGUCAGCGAUAGCUCAAGUCACAGCACGGAGUCCCUCGACCUCGUUGCAAGAGGGAACUAUUCAACAGAAUCCGACUGAAGAAGCAGGCACGCCGUCGACUUCUCAGUCCUGCUCGGAGCAGACGUCGAUGCCUCGACAGCUGGAGCCCCUAGUGGACCUGUCGCGAGAUGUUCUCCAAGUCAUGCGCAAAACAUCCUCGCGCAGCCUGGUCGGUUUCUCUGCAGUGAAGACAGGUGGUGGUGCGCAUGCCGGGUCAGCAGCCGAAGGUGAACUCGAAGAGGUUCACAAGACGUGGGAGCUCCGCUCCAAUACCAAUGAGCGUGAUGUUGAACAAUGUGGGGCUGAGGACCGCGCCUUGUGGAACACCACGGUUGACGUAGUGCCUGCCGGUGUCACCAUCAGCCGUCGACAUGAAAAUGCCACCUUUGGAGUUGCAGCCCAUGAUGUGGUCGUCCUUAUGCUCCAGACGGUACUGAAGGCCAAUCUGCAUCUGAAGCAUCUUCCUGCAUGGCUGGCUCGGCCCGCUUUUGUGCAGCACUCGGUCGGGUGCACUCCAGACGGGAAUCAAGCGAGACGGAGGACGUCGUCCCUCGAGAUGGGGGACCAUCACCCCGACGAGGCCGCGGGCCCCAGCCGUCCUGCCGACUGA